GGCCAUCCAAAAUUCAACCAGAACUAAGAGUUGACAAAAGAAAUUAAUCAAUGGCGAUAAAGCUUGGUUUCUUUGUGCUACUCAUCUCUUUUUCAACAUUAUUUUUUCCUACCUUAUCGAUCGCCCUUUUUGAUAAUGGCAUAGAUGCUUGGUGCAAGAAAACCCCUUAUCCCGAUCAGUGCAAGUAUUUCAUGAACCAUGGCCAGUACCAUUUUGCACCCAAGCAGAAGACCGAUUUCAAGAAAAUGGCCGUGGAAAUAGCCUUGGAGAGAGCACUUCAAGCAGAAACUUACACCAAAGGACUAGGCGCAAAGUGCAGGAAUGAACUCGAAAAGGCAGCUUGGUCCGACUGUGUGAAGCUCUACGAGAGCACAAUUCUCCAACUCAAUAAAACGCUCGAUCCAGAUACCAAGUGUACUGAUUUUGAUACACAAACUUGGUUAAGUACAGCCAUGACAAAUCUCGAAACUUGUCGAACCGGAUUCAUUGAGCUAGAUGUUAAUUCAGACUACAUUAUGCCCAGUCUCAUGUCCAACAACGUGUCCGAAUUAAUUUGUAACACUUUGGCACUCAACAACAAUGGCUCCAAUUUGAAGCAAACUUAUAAAGGUGGUUUCCCGAUUUGGGUAUCUCCAGGUGACAGAAAAUUGUUGCAGUUGUCCUCCAUAAGGCCAAAUCUAGUGGUGGCUCAAGAUGGUACGGGGAACUUCCGGACGAUUAACGCAGCGUUAGAUGCCGCGGCUGAAAGAAGUGGAAAUGAAAGGUUUGUUAUACAUGUGAAGCGUGGAGUUUAUAGAGAAAAUUUGGAGAUUGGAAACAAAAUGAAGAAUAUUAUGUUGGUUGGCGAUGGGAUGAAGUACACAAUUAUCACGGGUAGCCGUAGUGUUGGAGGAGGCUCUACCACGUUUAACUCUGGCACUGUUGUUGUUACUGGCGAAAGAUUUAUUGCUCGAGGCAUUACAUUCCGCAACACAGCUGGUCCACAAAACCAUCAAGCAGUUGCACUACGAUCCGGAUCUGACCUAUCAGUUUUCUAUCGUUGUGGCUUUGAAGGCUAUCAAGACACACUUUACGCCCAUUCACAACGACAAUUCUAUAAGGAAUGUUAUAUCUAUGGCACAGUGGACUUUAUUUUUGGUAACGCUGCUGUGGUUUUGCAGAAUUGCAUGAUAUUUGCUAGGAGGCCUAUGGAUAAACAAAAAAUUACCAUAACAGCACAAGGCCGCACUGAUCCUAACCAAAACACUGGAAUCUCAAUACAUAAUUCACGAGUUAUGGCAGCAUCUGAUCUUAGGCCCGUGCUAAGUACAUUCAAGACAUUUUUGGGACGGCCAUGGAAACAAUAUUCACGUACUGUAUUUAUUAAAACACACCUUGAUUCAUUGGUGGACCCUGCUGGUUGGCUAGAGUGGGAUGGUGAUUUUGCUUUAAGUACUUUGUACUAUGGAGAAUAUAGGAACACUGGCCCUGGAGCAUCGACAAGUGGGAGAGUCAAAUGGCCUGGGUAUCGAGUGAUCACAAACUCAAAUGAAGCAGCAAAGUUCACCGUGGAAAUUUUUAUCGCUGGUCGAUCAUGGUUGCCUGCAACCAAUGUGCCAUUUCGUGCAGGUCUCUAAUAAAUAGCAGAACUAUUGUAUAAUUGUUGGGCUCAUGAUUCUUUUUCUUUUUCUUUUUUGGUUAAUCAUAUGUUGUUUUGUUUUCCAAUUUCUGAAAUAAUAAGUGUGUUCUUGUAAAAAAUAUUACUCCCUAUGUUCCACUUACGUGUCCUAGUUACCAUUUGGAGAGUUAAUUGAUGUUUUUCUACAACAAUUUUUUUCCGAUAUUUUUUACUUGAAAUUGUUAAUUAUUGUGAUUUAUAGUACUUUUU